GACUUAUACGAGCGACGUGACAUUACGGGGAAAGUCUCGGUAAUCAGACGACGUUUAUAAAUAUGGAAGUUUGAGCGGGGAACCUUUCGACGAUUCGCUGGGGAGUAGGUCGAAGGUGACAGACAACCGGGUGUACGCAGUGGCUUCGCAAACCGCACAAUAUCUUCCGCCUUGCUCGCAAUACCUCGGUGUUGGCGUUUUAGGUAGCCGAUCACGUUUUAAAAGUGCAUAGAUCACCGACAAAAGACUCUAGUGUGAUCUCUAACGGUAUUUAAAUAACCAACACCAGCCAUGGGGAACAUGUUUGCAACAUUAUUUAAGGGCCUCUUUGGCAAAAAAGAAAUGAGGAUUUUGAUGGUGGGUCUUGAUGCAGCGGGUAAAACCACAAUUCUGUACAAAUUAAAAUUAGGGGAAAUUGUUACUACAAUUCCUACUAUAGGUUUCAAUGUAGAAACAGUCGAAUACAAGAAUAUAAGUUUUACUGUAUGGGAUGUGGGUGGCCAAGACAAAAUCAGACCUCUCUGGCGACAUUACUUCCAGAAUACACAAGGGCUGAUAUUCGUUGUUGACAGUAAUGACAGGGAACGUAUCGGUGAAGCGCGCGAAGAAUUGAUGAGAAUGUUAGCAGAAGAUGAACUUAGAGAUGCAGUACUCCUUAUAUUUGCUAACAAACAAGAUCUGCCAAAUGCAAUGAAUGCAGCAGAAAUUACUGACAAGUUGGGCCUGCACUCUCUUCGUAAUCGUAACUGGUACAUUCAAGCAACGUGUGCCACAAGUGGAGAUGGACUUUACGAGGGUCUCGAUUGGCUCUCCAAUCAGCUCAAAAAUGCCAAUCGCUAAUUGGAACAUCGUUCCGUCAACAUUCAGUUGCUAUAUUAACAUCAUAAACAUCAGCUGCACACCUGUCCCCCCCAUGAAUGAGUAAUAAUGUUAAAAAGGUAAUACUAAGUGCAAACUGCGAGAUCUCUUGGAUCUAAAGUGGAGGGUGGAAAGAUUAUCGAAAGUUGUCAAUGUGCCAGGAAGUUUUUGGGGGGAGGGGAGUGGGGAAACGGCCGGAAGCACACAUUCGAACGGCCACACAGGACUAUUGCCUUGUGCAACUUAUUAUUAUAAUUAUUAUUAUAUUAGCAUUAUAGUUACACUUUUUACACAGAGAUACCACGAGAAAAGUGGAAAACUUGGAAGUAAUUGUAUUAAAGUACCUAACUCUGAAACAUACAAUACACAUUCGUUAAUUAAUAAUUUGAAUAUCUUUGAAAAAAAAUUUAAGAACGAAAAAGUGAAGUACCCACGGUGUUGUCAGUUUGAACGCGUUGGACAUACUGAUUAUCAUAAUGUAGCUGCAUAUUGUACAUUACAUUAUAUAAAUAUGAUGAUAAAAAUGUGAUCAAUAGAUGAGAGAAUGUUACUCUGUCCACUACAUUACAAAUGUCACAUUGGCCCAUCAGUUGACAUGACAAAUGCAGUGAAUGGUAACUGACGGUGCAAUGACUUACUGUUUCUAGUUACAAAAGUUUGUUUCUAUUUUUUUAAGUUUUCAGUGGUAUACGUCGAAAAAAAUGCAAAGCGAAACUAUACAAAAUGGUUGUCUUACUGCUUGGCUAUUGGCAGGUGCAGAACUGCACCCUCCUUCACCUGUUCGCAAUAAGACUAACAGUUAGCCAACCAUGUAUAUCUCAGUGUAAAAGAGAUAUCAUUUAUUUAUUGCACCUUGAUAAGGUAAAAUUAGAUUAUUGUCAACAUUCCGAAAUUAUGCAUCGAUCGUGGCGGGAAAUGGAGAUGAAUCAUUUUUAAAGACGUGAAGAAAGUGAGAGAAAGAUGCUUAAAAAAGUGAAGUUAAAAAAGAAAAACUAGGAAAGAACCUCUCGCUGCAAAGAGAGAUAGGCCUCGCAAUUUUUAAGCCAGCAAUUUAAACUGGCAUGGCAAUUUACCAGAUGAAGCCAUUUUCGCAAGCCCUUCAAUCUCCUAAUGUUUUCCUGUCCUCGAAAUACAUUGUUUUUACAAAAUAAUCUUCCCCUAACUGAUCAAAUCGCCUUUUCGUCAUAUGCGAAGAUUCGUAUAAUUAUAUAUGAAUGUUUAAACAAUUUGUGAAAUAUACUGUAAUUGUGCUUUA